AUGUGUAAAAGCAAAGACCCCAGCACCUGCCCUUGUAAAUGUCCAAGAAAACCUGUACAACUUCAUCUUCGGAAAUACCGACACAUCAAUAGACGCCUUGCCUCAUUAGCUGCAGAUCUGGCAUCCCGAGGAGAUGUCCCUUUGGACCAUGAAGAUUUCCCUUCACUGGACUCCUUAUCUGAAGAGUGGUUAAAGGAGGAGCAAGAUCUUUCAUAUUCGACCAAAGUGGAUUCGAAUGAUAUUAUUUCCAAAGAAAUGCCAAUAGUUUCACCAGUUUCUUGUUCAAGUAACGACUCAGACUUUGAUUCUCUCGUGGAUAAUGAUGAAACAAUGACGAAUACAAAUCUUCAUAAUAAAGAUGCAAAGUUAGGGUCUUAG